AUGAUCACGGAGCGGGUCGUCUUGGAAAGCCGGCCGUGGAGUGGUUAUCCCGGCGCUCAGCUCGUGCCUCACGGGUUCACGGCCGACGCCCUCAACGCCUGGUUCAUUGAUGAAUGGUACGAUACGCCGAUCUUCGUCAAGCGCGAGCUGAGGACCGGACCGCCGACGUCCGAUGGCAUCGUCCCACAUCCGCAGUCCGAGGAUGACAGACGCUCCGCCGCCCAGGGCAACAUCCUCUUCCCCCGGAUCCCCGACGUCGAGACCCUAGCGACUCGGAAUCUGACCAAGCAGCCGACCUUCUUCGGCUGCAAUGCCGCCGGCUCGUCUCCCAUGUCGUUAUCGUCCUUCACGGACAGCAAGUUCGACCUGACGGCUGACAAAGCCUUCAACCUUGCCACAUACGGCAGAGGUACCGUCGGCUCCUCGUGA